AAACAACAACAAUAAAAAGAGCAAAAAACAACAUAAUAAUGUGAACAGGACCGUGUAAUGAACUGAUGAAAUGAAUAAAAUUAUUAAAUAUAGUUUAAUAAUAAAACAACAACAACCACACAAACAACAGCAGCAACAAUUAGACAGCAUUUGUGAGAGACAACGAAUUAUUUGAAAAAUAUUCCGUUUAAAAUAAAAACUUCAAAAUUAAACGUAACAAUAGACCCUUUGACCCCCAUACAUUCAUGAAGAACAUGGAUAAAAAUGCGGGUGAGGGUGGACAACAAAAUGAUGGUAAGGGAGGCGGCGGCGGUGGAGGUAAAUCUUCCGGCAAUACUGGUGCUGGUGGGGCAGGUGGUGUUGCACAUGAUCCUGCUGCUUUAUUAGAUGCGGCUUCUCUUUUUGCUUAUUGGGGCCGUGAUCCAACCGCUGCUGCCGCAGCAGCUGCUAAUCCUUUAUUUAACGCACAAUUUAAUGCUGCAGCCGCUGCCGGCUUGGGUUUACUGCCCAAUCCCACUGCUUCUGCUGCUAAUGAUCGUUAUUCCAUGGCGGCAGCAGCUGCAGCGGCCGCUGCUGGUCAUCAUCAUCAAAAUACCAUGGCGGUGGCCGCUUCUCAAGCUGCCAGUUUGGCCGGUUUACAUCCAGCAAGUUGGUGGUCAAUGGCUCAAUUAGCUGCCCAAGACUAUUUUAGUCGCUUACAAGCCUCUGGUUUAUCACCAUUUCCCCAUCCUGACUUGGCUGCAGCUUUUGGGCCGGCUGCUUUAGGUUUAGGUACUGCUGGUGCUGGAGCUGGUAACAGUGGUGGUGUUGGCGGCUCUACUGGUUCUGGAACACAAAAUUCCAGUACAAGUGGUAAUUCAAGCUCCAAUAUUGGUAGUACAUCAUCAUCGGGCAGUAAAUCGAGCAGUAAGUCUCGUAAAGAAAAGCAACGUCAACAGCAACAACAACAACAGCAGCAGCAACAGCAAUUGCAACAACAGCAGCAACAAUCCUUGGCCAAUAGUUUAAAUGCGGCAGCUGCCGCAGCAGCGGUGGCCUCUAAUCCGGCGGCCGCUUUAGCAGGCAUGCAUUUGGUGGGAGCGGGCACUACCAUAACACCAUCAACAGGUUUGGGCAGCUCCUCCAAUAGUGGCAAUAAUAAUAACAACAACAGCAGCUCCAACUCUUACAAAAAUAAUUCCUCAAAUCUGGGUAAAAACUCAGGCUCAUCAACGUCUUCUACAAUCUCUGUACAAUUGCCUCCUUCGCCGGGUUCAGCUUAUGAUCCGGUUGUCUUGCACAAAGAACUAUUGGCUAUGCAAGUGGCUGCUGCCGCUGCUGCUGCCAAUCCCUCUUCUUCAUCCUCAUCAUCAUCAUCGAAGAAAUCAAGGAAUUCUUCUUCUAACAAUUCUUCCUCUUCCCAUCAUUUAAUGGGUUCAUCUUCGGGAAAUAAUAACUCUUCAGCUGGAGGUCUUAUGUCAACACAUGGUUCUUUAAGCGGAAGUGGCGGGGGUGGAGCUGGUGGUGGUGGUAUGAGUGGCUCAUCAUCUUCAUCGCGUAAUAAGAAUGAUGAUAAAAAUAAUGCCUCCUUGAAUGCUUUGAAUUCAUUGUCACAAUUUGGCACUUUAGGCAUGACACCGCAACAGAGUAUGCAAGCCGCCAUGAAUGCUUUUGCGGCCAGUAACGCUUCUGCUGCAGCAGCAGCAGCCAACAAUGCUGGUAAUAAUGCGGGAGUUAGCUCAUCGUCCAGCACAUCCUCUUCCACGGCUGGUAAUAAGCAAUCAGUUAAUGAUUUUAUGCCCUCCGGAGGAUUAGGUGACCAUCCAUCGCUGUUGGGAGUACGCUUGCCACCCGAUACGGAAAUCAUCAAAUACACAUCAUCCAUCGUGGGCCCCAAAAUACCCGGUACUACUACACGUGGUCGUAAAAAGACCAUUUCUGAUCAUGAUCAAACACUACAACUACAACAAAACAAAACAAAUGUAUCAGAUUCAAAAACAUUUUGCAUUGCAUUUUCAGGUCUUAGCCCGGCGAAAAGGGCUAGACUCGAAAUGGAGUAUGCUGCCAUAGCUGCCGCAGCCAAUGCUGGCCCCGGACCCAGUCUACCUCCCACACUGACGGCAGCCCAGAUAGCUGCACUGAGUGGCCUGGGUGGAGGAGCGAGUAGCACAUCAAAAUCUUCGGGCGCCUCGGCUGCCUCAUCGUCACAGAGUACGCCACACUUGGACUUGACCGGACCGAGCAGUGGUCGAACGAGCCGAGACUCGUCGUCGGAUCGAGUGGAGGUCAUUAAAUUGCCACCUACUAUUACCUCGAAUGGAGCGUAUAAUUUAUCGAAUAAAAAUAAAGAUAUACACGAUUUAAGCGGUACAACUGAUCUUAACUCGGGCGUUAAUCUUAGUUUAAAACCGGCUGCUUCUUCAGUAUCGAAUACAUCGCUCGCCAAUACGAAUGUUGCCGGAGCUACCAUUACUAUAGAAGAUUUUGAUGCUCCGCUUAAUUUAUCCAUGAAACCAGAUAAAUCAUCAGCGUCUAGUAAUGAUUUAUCGGGUAGCAGUGGCAGUGGCGGUUCUGGUGGUAAUAACUCUGGCAAUACGGGUUCAAAUAGUUUACAAAGUUUAAGUUCCAUAACCGCAGCUCUAGGGAGUAGCGGUGGUGGCGGUAUCGGUAUGAGCGGUAGUGGUGUCGGUGGUGGUAAUGGUGGAGCAGCAGCAAAUAGUUCCAAUACUGGAGGUAAUAGUAGUAGCAAUUCCUCUUCAGCCAGUGGUGGUGGUGGUGGUGGUUGUGGUAUGGGUAAUGAACGCACCAAUCAGCCACCAUUCAAAGAGGGACGUCCUAGAAAUUUGGGUCGUGGUGUCUCGAAACCCAAAAAGAAUACGGUGGCCUCGCUACUCGCUCAAUCAAGGGCAGUGGGUAUCAAACCCAUGCUAUCCACUCAACAAUUAUUGCAACAAGGCGCUGAUAUAGAAAAAAUACGUCAAGCCUUAACAGAAGCUAAUGCUCAAAUGGAGGUUUCCACCGACUCAGAAAGUAUUGCUGCUGAAAGCGGCUUAUCAGAAUCGGAAAGUGAGGAGCCUAAUCUUUUAAAUGUAACCGAACUGCGAAUACCCUUAGACUUAGGCUGGAAACGUGAAACAGUAAUUAGAGGUCUUACCAAGGCGGGACAAAUCAAAGGAGAAGUUGUUUACUAUGCACCCGGCAGUAAUGUACCCCUUAAAACUAUGGGGCAUGUUUUCUCUCAUUUAGAGAAGAAUCCUUCGAAAUUGACACGAGAAAACUUUAGUUUCUCAGCUCGAGCCAUAGUGGGCUCUUUCUUACAACCGGCACCACCACCCUAUGCCAAUGAUGGUGAUUACAUACGCAUGUCUGAUGAGGAUGUAGCCAAACGUUUGGAAGAUUUAAAAAUCUUUACACGACAAACCCUAAAUGUAGAACAACGCAUAGAAAUUGCCAAACAACAGCAGGCCUUAAGAGAUGCCAAGAAAUUACAAAAAGAGGAAAUGGCACGCAACAAGGAAAAGGCACGCUUAGAGAAAAAUGAAAAGUUGGAACAGCAGCGCAAAGAAAAAGAAUUGAAAAAUCAACAAGCCAUAGAGGCCCGCAAAAAGAAACAAGAAGAACUAGAGCGUCUUAAACAGGAGGAAAUACUCAAGAAGCAGCAGGAAAAGGAAAAGAAACGUCAGGAAGCUAUUUUAGCUAAAGAACAGGAACUUAAUCGUCAAAAGGAAAUGUUAUUGGCCGCAGAAAUGGAAAGAGAACGUAGACGCCAGCAUAUGGCUUUAAUACGUCAAUUGGAAUUGCGUCGCAAAUUUGAGGAACGUGAAAAGAAGAAACAUCAAAUGGUCUUGGAUCGUUUGAUUUUAAGAGAAAAACGUUUGGCAGCUCGUAAACGAGAUGCUGAAAUUUUAGCACAAAUAAGAAAACCUCAAGAGGAUUCGGAAUUAUUGCAAUUACAUGCUAUACCCGAUUUAGAGCGUAUUGCUGGCAAUCGUUUGCCUGGUCAAGCUAUGGCUGAUCUAUUAAUGGUCUUUGAAUUCUUACAUAACUUUGGUGAAACAUUAGGUUUUGACAUGGAAUCUCUACCCACCCUGCAGAAUCUCCACGAUGCUUUAGUAGUCGAUAGUAAUGCUGAAGUCGAAGAAGAACUCUUAUCUGUGAUGACACAUCUACUGGUAUGUGCCAUAGAAGAUCCGGGCAUACCAAAUCCGGGACGUCAUACCACCCUACUGGGACAAUCUCUACGUAAUGCCGACAUUACAAAUUCCAAUGUAUCGGAAAUAUUACGCAUCUAUUUGUAUGCCACUGCAACCGGGGAGAUACGACAAAUGUUUGGCGUUGUUAUGGAUCGUGAACGUGAACGUAAAGUACCGGAUCAUCAUCAAAUCGAUGCGGAAACUAUAGUGCAUACUGGCAAAAACGCUGAAUACUAUAAGCUAUUGCAUGAGAAUGAAACGUGGAAAAUGUCUUUGGCUCUAAAGGAUCGACCAUUUGUGGCUCUGAAUCCUACAAAGAAAACACAAAUAUUAGCACAUCUCUGCAAUGAUUUGCUCAUGAAUAAGGCGGUACUCAAACAAAUCGAUAAUAGUCUAGAGACCUGCAAUCAAAUGCGCAAAGAAAAGUAUAUGACCGAUAUGAAAGUGAGGAAAUAUAAGGCUCUACACAUGCGCAAAUCGAGAAUUGAGGCUUAUGAGAAGAUACAAGCUGAACGUGAAGCAGCCAUGCAGGCGAUGGCACAACAACAGAAAUUAGAUGCUGAACGUUUAGAAAAGGAAUCAGUCGAUGAAGCCAAUAAAAAGGAGGGAGCUAACUCGGAAGAUAAUAUGGGAGCGGCAGCCACCUCCGCACUUGAAACAGCAGGCGAACAAAAUAAUAACACUAGUAAGGAUGAAACCAUGGAAGUGGAUUUAGAUGGUUCGCAAAAACAAAACGAUAAAGAAUUAACCAACCUGCCUAGCAAUUUGGAUGAAGGAAAAUUGUCGGCCGCUAACUUAAUGGGCUCAAGUGAUAUAACACCCACUAAAAUGGCCAAAUUGGAUGAAUUAACUUCUACUUCGUAUCAUAAUGGUGGAGCCUCUACGGGUGAUAUUAAUGCUUUAUUGGGUGGCAAGAAAACCAUAAAGGGUCUCAAUGAUGAUGCCUCCACCGAUGUGGGCAUGGAUGAAGAUCUUUCUGAUAUAGAGUCGGAAAUUACCAAUGUAGAAGAGGAUGAAGAUAAUAGACUAUCGGCUGAUGAAUUACAAAAGAAGUUGGAUAAAAUCAUUAGAGCCUCCUUGAACUGUAAAGAAGUGUUGGAGAAGAGCACAAAUCAACUAAGAGCCACAUGUUUCGGUCAAGAUCGUUUUUGGCGUCGUUACUGGCGUCUGCCCAAGGCAGGCGGUAUAUUUAUAGAAGCUUUAGAAUCGGCUCAAAAUGAUAUAUUCCGUUUCCAAGAAAUUUUAGAGCAAGAAGAUGAGGAGCGUAAAGAAAACAUGAGUCCAGAACCUUUGGCACAAGAUGUCACUAAGAAUUGUAAUGACAAACCCGAAGAUAGUUUGGAUGUAGAAAUGAGAGAAUUGGAGGCAUUAACGGCUGUUAACGCCAACCAACCACCAGCACCGCCAACAGUGGAAAAUGUUAUUGAUAACAAUCCAGCUGAUGACUCCGACGAUGAUGUCAUCGAAACUAAUCGCAUAGAACCCGAAAUAGUCGAUUUGCGUGAUGACGAUGAUGAUGAUUAUGAUGUGGCCAUACAACCGCAUGGCAUACAAUUGGAUAACAAUGGUACCGCCAAAGUGGAGAAACCCGAUGCUGCUGGCCUCUUGCCACCGGCACACAUUAUAAAUCAGCUGCCUAAAAAGGAAGAAAUGGAAGUAGACAUGAAAGUACCACUACCACCACCGCCCUCCUCUUCCUCUGCUCUCCAUCAGCUAACCACAACUCCACACAUGACGAAUCUUAAUCAGCUGCAGAAUUCAAUAACUAUAAACUGUGAUAAACCAGAUUUGAAUAAAAUGAAUUCUUCUGCUACUUCUAUGGCUAACACUACAACUUCCAUGAUGUCUAAUCCCACCACAUCCAUCACCACCACCAACAACAAUAACGGCAACUCUAGCAUAAAUCUUUGCACCAGCAAUAGUGGCGCCACUAAGUUUGAGGACAAAAAAGAAGACGAUUGUAUAAUUGUCUCCUCUACAGGACCCUCGGAUGUUAAACCUCUAUUCACUAGCGAAAUACCCGAAGUCAAGUGGUUUUCCAUUGUUAAUCGUGAAGUGCCAUUGACAACCACAGAACCUCAGAAUGCCACCAAUCUAAAGGAAUUCCAAAAGAUGUUUGCCAAUAUCACCUGUGGCUCUAGCUAUCAAAUCCAGGGCCAUCCCUGGGAUAUCUCGAAUAAUGUGCAGUAUUUCACCGUUACCAUGGAUGAUUGUAAGGCUGAUCUAACGAAAUUAACCACGGAAUGUAUACUAUCCUUGUCCGGGCUUAAUGAGGCCGACAUCGAAAAGAAACUUAAGGAAUUUGAGGAAAAAUUACAAAAUUCAAAAAACUCCUUGGAGACUCCUCGUCAUCAUUCUGCAGCAACGAUGAAAAGUGAAGAUGUAGCAGAUGUAGAAGGUAAAGACAAUAACAAUAUGGAAUGCGAUGACGAGGAGGGGGAGUUGCGUGGUGGCGUUGAAAAGAAAUUUGUGUUAAAAAACGAAAGCAAAAUGAAAUUUUUUCCUUUUCCUAAGGACUCACUCUGCGACACUGGCGGAGGUGUUGUAGGAGCAGGGGUGGAGGCGGAAUUUGCCGAAGACAUUAAGCCCAAAUUGGAAAUAAAAUUGGAUGAGGCUUUACAAACAUCCCUGCAGAAUAUGCAGCAAAUGUCUUUGGCUAAUAUAAGCAAUUUUAUACAAUACGAUAUACCCACUCCUUUGCAAAUGUCUCUGGAAGAAUCUCAAAUGUUGGAGGAAAUCAAGAGAGAGGGGUUUCCUAAGAAACAAAAGGGAUCUUAUGUAAAACGUAACUUGCGCUAUGGUUGGUGGAAAAUCGAUACCAUGGAAUUGCUACAGCAGGUUAUAAAUUCUCUCAAUUCCACGGGUUUAAGAGAAAAAGAACUUAAGGAAAACCUAACACGUUUUUUGACCCAGGAAAUACCUUUGGGUCUACCCUAUCCCAUGGGUGAAGUAAGACCGGAUGAUAAAGAUUAUCUAUUGCCGGAUAAACCCAAUGAUUGGACUCCCAAAAUAGCUAAACGAGUAGAAAUGGCUUUAUUGGAGCAGCUAGAAGUAUUAGAAGACAAAAUCGCUUCGGCCUCUAUGCAAUUGAAACACUGGCAAUUGCCACCCAGAAUAGAAUCCGAACUUAAUCUAGAAAGUGAUGCUGAUAUUACCGAAGAAGACUUUGUUAGUAUUAUACCCAUGAUUAGAGAACGUAUUAUAGACUUGGAAGCCAAUAUAGAAAGGAGAUAUUUGAAACCACCCUUGGGUGCUCAAACGGGUGAUGCCCAUUUAGCGGCCAUUGCUCAAAAUCAACAAAAUACUCAAACACAAAAUUCCGCCAAUGCGGCUGCCUAUUACCAACAAAUGCAACAGCAGCAACAACAACAAGCUUUGCUGCAGCAACAGCAACAACAAGCCUUUAAUCCAUCGGCUUUUAAUGAACGAGCCAUGGCCAUAGCAGCUAAUAAUGCCAAUAAUGCAGCCAGCAGCAAUUCAAAUGCCAACAGCAGUAGUGCCGGCGGCGAACUUAAUUCACAAACGCACUCCUCGGCCAACAACGAAAAUAAUUCCGGAGGCGAUUCUCCCUCCAGUAAUUGUGAUAGUGAUAAAGAUGAAAAAGUGGAAAAUAUACCCAAAGGUUUGGUGUCUUGGCGUGAUGCUGUUUCACGUUCUCAUACCACCGCCCAGCUGGCAAUGGCUCUAUACGUUUUGGAAUCUUGUGUUGCCUGGGAUAAAAGCAUUAUGAAAGCCUUGCCUUUAACAACAAAAACCGGAAAAAACGGAAAAGUCUAAAAAAUCUAAAAAAGAAA